UGUCACGCGUGUUCUCUUCCUCCCAGCUAUGACUUCCUCGCUCCGGAAUUCGUUGCAUCGCCGCUCUCACAAGGAGCGCGGGCAGCUCGCCCACCGCGCCCGGUUCGGGCUACUCGAAAAACACAAGGACUAUGUGCUCCGUGCUAGAGACUACCAUGCAAAGCAGGACCAUCUCAACCGUCUUCGCCAAAAGGCUGCAGACAGGAACAAAGACGAGUUCUAUUUUUCCAUGCACAAGGAGAGAACGGUCGAGGGCGUCCACGUUCAAGACAGGGGAAACAAAUCCAUACCAAUGGAUAUGGUCAAACUCUUAAAAACCCAGGAUGAGGGAUAUAUUCGCACUAUGAGAGCUGCCGGGCUCAAGAAAAUCGAGAAGCUGAAAAAUCAGCUCACGUCACUGGCAAACCUGGUAUCCUUUUCGGACGAAGAUCUGGAUGUCGGCGACGAGCCAUUGGACGAGUCUGAGCUAGAGACGUUGCGCGUAGCUGGGGUGCUUCCUCCCGAGCCCAAAUCCAAGGGCAAGCGAAAACGCAACGCCACACCGCGGCUUGUAGUUUUUGCAGAAGAUGAAACGGAUGCACAAAAAUACCUGGACCUCCAUCAUUCAAACAGCCAGUCAGCAGAUUUAGAAAACCCCGCCCCGUUGGAUGAGCCAGUUGACCUAGGCUGGAAAGACACUACCUCGACGAGGGCCGGACGACGACGGACACGCCAUGAAGAUACCAAAGAUACAGUUGGUGACGUUGACGAAGAGGAGGCAGGGAAUAUUAAACACCGCAAACGUCUCCUGAAAGAACUCGCUGCCCGCCUGAAUAGAGACAGUCAACUCCUGUACGCGCUACGCGAGCUAGAGAUGCAGCGCCAACUUGUUGGCAAGGGCGGCCGUAGAAAGAUCCGUGCCGACAACGAGGAUGACGACGAAGACAACGAUCAGCGUACGCCAGUACGAGAAUCUAAUCCAAAGACCUACAAACCUCGUAUAUACAAGUGGCGUGUAGAAAGAAAGCGAUGAGAUCAAGACAUUCGGUCCAUAAUAUAUGAGCGUCUGAGUACCAUCCAUUACCCAAGACGACACCAGAUAUGAGAAGCCCCACCGUCCCCGGUCCAAAACCAGAAAGUGGUGCACUAUUGGCACUUGAAUUUGAUCCACCAGAUCCCGAAGAGUUGGUCUGAGGUA